AUGCGGGCGAAGUGCAGUCGGUUGUGCGAGAGGACGAAGACAGGAAAGUUACAGGUGAGUGAGGAAAUUCACAAGAUGUGGCUUCAGAAGGGGGUUGUUCGGGACAACCUCAUCCAGUUCAUGACCGAUGCCGAGGGAAACAGAGAAGAGUUUAUCCGAAAGGUAGAGGUUUGGAAGGAGACCCAGAAGUUUCGCGAAACCAUGACCCACGGUGGAUUCUAUUCCGAAGCGGAUAUGAAGAAGCCUGUUGCUGAGGGUGGCCUCGGCCUGAAGGAGUUUCUAGGCUUCUUCUAUAUCAUGAAGAACAAGUACGACAAGGAAGAGACCGAGUACUGGGUGGACCACCGAACUUCGGGGGUUCGGGGCAUGCGCGAGUCCGAGCACAUCAAGGAUUCGACCAGUGCCCAGGGCUCCGUGCAAGGCAUGGAGGAGAGUGCCAAGCCUGGCGGUUUGGAUGAGUGGCGUCUAGAUGACUUGGGAACCUGUGAAGUCGAGAGUGGUGUGGAUAAGGUUGCCGAGAGCAUCCUUCGCCACAUGCAGGAGUCUGUGGCGUGUAGAGACAAGCUGAGCAAGUUUGUCGAGAAACUCGACGUGUCGGCGAAGAAGAUGAAUGACGUGAUCGUUGCACUGGGCGGGCUGUAUGAUGAGUUGGCCAAGCUACAGGCUGAUGCAAAGAUUCAGAAGUUCAGUGACGCGCAAACCAGGGACCUGGAGAACAAGUGCGAAGCCGUGAAGCGGCAGAUGACUAUGGCGGCAUCCCUCGAGGUGAAGAACAAGAAGCUGAAAAAGAAAACCACGCCCAAGCGAUCGCCUGAGCACAGCAAAGGUGAGGCUCCCCAGAUGAAUAGCACGCCCAACCCCAAACCCAAGAAGAGAGGCAAGAAGAUUGCAAGGGCAAUACAUAAACUUCGCAUGGAGACUGGUGGGGAAUCCUUAGCCAUCUACAAGAUUGGAAUUACGCACGACUACGAGGAUCGCUUUCAGCUGUACCGCAAAAACGGUUGGACCAAGAUGCUCAUCAUGUUCCAAAGCUCAGACCUGGGUUCGGUUGAGAUGCUCGAGGCUGCCUUGAUUUCGCACCAUGCACAUUUGCAACAGUGCCGGAAUGUUCUACGAGGUGGGGAAGGAAUGCGAGACAAGACCUUCAAUCCAAAAUUCGCCACUGCGAAACACGUCGCGACCAUCGCCAAGGCCUUUGCUGGUGAUAUCUCUUCGUGCAAAGCUUUGAAGGAUCUCGCGCGAGCUCCGUUGAAUGAUGCCGAGAAAUCACUGCAAGCUGUGGUUAAACGCUCUUCUCGACUGGCCGAAUUCUGGGAGCAUUUCCGUGGGGAACAGCCAACCCACGAAGUUUUCGAUCAUGGGCACUUCAUCGACUACAGCUGCUUAGUUCCUUUAUAUGUGCACGGGGACGGAGGCCGCACCUACAAGCGGGAUGAGCUGAUGGUUAUUCAGUUCCAGCCCGUGUUGGGAUUUGGGUCUCGGCUUUCGCAUCCACUUGGGCAAAAGACUGGCAUCAACCUUCAAGGCCACAGCUUCACCACCAGGUUCUUGAUUGGAGUGAUGCCGAAGCAGAUGUAUCGUGAUGCUUUGGAUGUCUUUGAUGCCUUCAUGGUGGAAGCUAUGCGCAGCCUCGAGUCCCUGUAUUAUGAAGGCUUGCAGCUUCUUGACGGGCGAGUCCUUCGAUUCUUAGUGGUGGGAUUGAAGGGAGAUCUGCCUUUCUUGGCAAAAGCAGGACAUCUCAAUCGCACGUUCUUGAAUGUAAGAAAGGCCCCUGAGAGGCCCUCGAGCAAGCCUCUGGUGGGGUGCUGCUGGAUGUGCGGGGCAGGCUCUCCGAACAUACCCUUCGAGGAGUUCGGUAAGCACCCACGUUGGCUCAGUACGUGUGGUGCGAACAAUGCCCUGCCGUGGAACACCAUGCCGCCCUUGUUUAAUCACGUCCCUGCACACGUGCAAGAGGAUCGCGGCAGCUUCUUCAAAUUGGACGUGCUUCAUAUAUACCACCUCGGGGUGGGAAGGGACUUCGCAGGGAGCAGCUUGACGGUGCUUUUGGAGCAAGUGUACCAGGGCGACACCCUUCCGGAGAAACUUCAGGCCAUGAACGACGAUUUGAAGAGGUUUUGUGCUUCCACUGGCAAACAGGUUCACUUCAAACAGCUCACUCGCGAGCUUUUGGGGUGCGCAUCCAACAACAAGUACCCUACAGGACACUGGAAUAAAGCGAGUGACACACCAACGCUGGUGGGCUUCGUUCUCUGGGUUCUAGAGCAGCAUGCAGCUGAUGUUGCUCAAUCUCGCAUGUUGCAGGUUAUGUCUUCGGCGAGUGAGGCGGUUGGAUGUUUCAUGCGAGAGCUAUUGCGGGCUCCACUUUGGCUUUCGCCGGAGCAAGCACAACGAGCCGGAGAAGCAUCCCUGCAUUUUUUACAAUGCUAUGCAAAGUUGGUGCAUAUUUUUUAUACCAAGGGCGAGUGCAAGUACAAUCUGGUUCCAAAGCUGCACAACAUGCACCACUUGAGUCUUGGGCUCUUGGAUUCGGCCUCCAAAGGGCAAAGCGCGACAAAUCCACUCAGCUAUGCUUGCUUUCAGGACGAAGACUUCAUAGGCAGAGUGUCGAGAUUGAGCCGAAGAAUCAGUCCGAAACUGUUGGUUCGUCGGACGGUGGAGCGCUAUCUUAUUGCUACGAAGUAUCAGUUGGAGGAUUCGAAGACAGCUUGUGGAAGUGGGUCUUAA